GCAUUUUCAUCCGAAUAAUCCGUGCCCAUGCCCAGAAUGACAUCAACUCAGAACACCGCAGCCUGGCUCCCAGGCGUUGGGAAGGAGCUGGAAGUCGGUCCCGCAGAUACCCCCGUCCCAGACAACAACGAACUAUUGGUCGAGGUGAAGGCUGUUGCGGUCCAGCCGGCCGAGUACAAGAUCCAGGAAGGAAUACUCCCAUUUCCGUUGAAAUACCCUACCAUCGUCGACUUAUCCUUCUCCGGCGUGGUGGUCAAAGUGGGUUCCGCCGUCACGCGGUUCAACAUCGGCGACCGCAUCGUCACGAACAGCGCCGGGACCAUCCGGAACGACUCCAGAUUCGGCGGCUACCAGAGAUACGCGCUGACUACGCAGGAGCUCACAGCCGAUAUCGGAGACGUCCCAUUCGAACAAGCAGCCUCCGUCUCCAACCUCUACGGCGCCGCGAGCGCUUUGUUCCUCCACUUCGGCCUCGAGAAAUCAUCUCACUCACCAAAUAAAAAAGCCGAGAAAGUCCACAUCUGGGGCGCCUCCUCAUCCUUCGGGGCCUACGCAACCCAGCUAGCUGCAGAAGCAGGCUACACCGUGGUAGGCGUCGCCUCCGCGCACAAUGCCGACUUAGUCCACUCCUUCGGCUCAGCACACUUUGUCGACCGCAAAUCGCCCACAGUUUCCGAAGACUUGAUUGUGCUGGGACCGUUCAAAGCGGUCCUUGCCGCGGCCGACGCGGCGCAGGAUCAGAUGGUAUUGGGAUCCGUCCUGGCUGCUCAGGGAGGGGGGUUGUUCCUGUCGACUAUGGGGCUGAGGCCGGGUGUCACACUGCCGGAGGGGGUGAGGGGCUUAUUUGCGCAGUAUGUGGAUGACUAUCUUGAUCUGAAGAAUAAGGAGUUUACCGAGUGGUUAUGGUGCGAUUACCUUGAGCAAGCGCUGCAGUCGGGGAAGUUGAGGGUUGUUCCUGUGCGGACGCUGGGUGGGUCGUCUAAGGUUCAGGAGGCGUGGGAUUUGCUCCAUAAGGGGGCUGUUAGGGGGGAGAGGUUGGUGAUUGCCCCUGGUUUGGAGUAAGGGGUUGAAAGCGGGGAAGGGGGAACAAGUAGUAGUGGGAGGUGGAGUGUCAAAUUCAACUUAUAUAUGCCGACAACACUCCAG